CGCACGGAUACACGACUGCGCAUGCGCCACGUCUCUAUGAGGCCUCUGCGCCUGCGCCUGUCUCCGCACGUUCCAGCGUACGGGACUGCGUUCUACGCGUUCUACGGCGGCUGCGUCAGAGAACGGCUGCGACUCCGUCCUGCCCUCAGGUUCAUUGCGCUUGCGCCGCCACAGAUGCGCUCGGAGCGUAGCUGUAGCAACAGGGCGGGCCUUGGUUCCUCUUGGGGCGUGGUCGCUGUCUGGGGCUCCCACGUGGUUCGCCUCACCGGUCUGGAGCUGGGCUUCUCUCGUCUCCUGUCGUCCGGCUGCACCGGCUUUGCCCACGCCCUCACGGGAGACGCAGAUACCCGGGACCCGGGGAGGCGCCCGGGCGGCGCCGCCAUGUUGGCAGGGAGUCCCCGCGGCGUGGGAUUGGGGCUGGGAAGCUCUUGGGCGCCGUCCUGGGCUGGGGGCCACCCUGGCCGCGUGGUCACCGGCAAGAAGCCCAGGGCCUCACCCAGGCGCGGGGGCCGGGGGAAGGGCCGGACCCUCCCGAAGUCGCGGACCCUACCAGGCGGCACCCGGGCUGGGGUGGCCUCUACCGCGAGCUAAGCUGGCCGCGCCGCAUCUCAUCGUCCCCGGGGCCUGAGUGCUGCGCCUGGACCAGGGCCGAGCGAGGGGGCCAAGCGGCCGGCUGGACCCACAGUCCCCAUGCCAUAGGCGGGUCGGGGCUUUCAGACCCGGCUUCAGCCCUCGAACCCGGUAGCCUUGGAGGUCAGCUUGAGAUGACUGCUCUUCCUGCGCGGGUUGUCCUCCCCAAAAAACGUCCAAAAUGGCAAAGAGGCGUCCGUGGCCGCCCGAGGCCCUCCCUGCCUGGGUUCUCCCCUGCCGAACCUCACUCCCGGCCCUUCCCUCAUUCUCUCCUGGCCAGGCUCCCCCUGCCCCUUGGGCGAGUCCGCUGCCUCCCACGGUCCUGACUGGGGCAUUUCUGCGUGUCUGGAGGGCGCUCCCCGGCAGUGACGUCCUGCUUAGCACGUGGCUUGUCUAACUGUUACCCUGGCCUCCUGCCUUCCUAGGGGUCAUCUUAAGCUUUCUGCUGGUCUCUUCCCCCCGUGACACUUGCCGUUACCCAAAUGGAGUCGUUUAUGUCACGCUUAACAAGAGGCCCUGAAGAAGCCCUCACAAAAACAUUAGCAACGGAGCAAACUCUUUUAACCUUUGCUCUUUAUAACCCUUGGUUUCAAGACAACUUAUGGGAACUUCUCUUGUCUUUAAAAGAUUCCCCUUGGGGCCAGGCACAGUGGCUUCUGUAAUCCCAGGACUUUGGGAGGCCGAGGCAGGCGGAUCACUUGAGGU